AUGACGUUGUUCAAUGGUGUACUGCCUUUCUACCCCCAAUCUCGUCAUGCCGCCGGCUUCAGCGUCCCCCUGUUAGUGGUCAUCAUAGUAUUUCUGGCUUUGGCAGCCAGUUUCCUACUCAUUCUUCCUGGAAUCCGUGGUCACUCGCGCUGGUUCUGGUGUGUUAGAAUCCUCCUCAGUCUGUUCAUUGGAGCAGAGAUUGUAGCUGUGCACUUCAGCGGGGAUUGGUUCACGGGCCAAGUAAAAACCAGCACCUCCUACAAGGCUUUCACCUCUGCCCAAGUCAGUGCAGAUAUUGGGCUGUAUGUUGGACUAUCAGGAGUCAACAUCACGCUCACUGGGACCCCAGUGCACCAGCUGAACGAGACUAUCGACUAUAACGAGAAGUUCAGCUGGAGGUUUGGAGACAAUUAUGCCGAGGAGUACGAGAAGGCACUGCAGAAAGGGCUACCAAACCCCGUGCUCUACCUAGCGGAGAAAUUCACCCCGGUCAGUCCCUGUGGCCUGCAUCGCCAGUACCGGCUGGCUGGACACUAUGCUUCGGCUACACUCUGGGUGGCAUUUUGUUUUUGGCUGCUUUCCAACGUGUUGCUUUCCAUGCCCGCCCCACUUUACGGAGGGUUCUCGCUGCUGAUUGCCGGAGCCUUUGUAUUCUUCUCAGUCUUCGCCUUCGCUACCAUCUCCACUGUGCCCUUAUGCCCGAUCCGCUUAGGCUCGGAGUUCCUCAGCCCCAGCUAUGGAGCUUCCUUCUGGACCACGGUGGCCACAGGUUUCUUAUGCCUGCUCCUAGGAGGGAUGGUGGUAUGUCUACACUACACACAUCCCAGCGCCCUGCGCACUUUCCUGGACCUGAGUGAUGACCUCGUAGUCCAAAGGAAGAGCGUGAUGCCACAGAUCUACAGCAAUCCACUUAACUUGCCUGAGAAAUGCAAACCGGCGACCCCAGACAUACAACUCUCUAUUCGCUUGUAGGGGGCCUUCACACUGCGGACUUUUAUUCCCAAAUCAGAAAGGUGCGUGGGAGCCGUUUAGGAUAGAAGCGGCCCCAUGGACCUCACUCCUCCAUUCUCUGCUGGCCGGAGAGAACAAGCGGGGAAUCGCGGGUGACUCCUCUCUAUCAACAGGGGCUGUUAGGCGACGAUUGUAAAUAAAGACUCUUAUUUUUUUUAUUGAGGGAAGAAAAGCUUUCUAUUAAUUUCCACAGCCUGAGUGGGUUCUGGGGCCUUUGCCGUCAAGAAUCCUCCAUCCCUUUGAAUGUUGCUCCCUAUGCUGGCGAUAGCUCCUGACCUCGAGAAUGGGACCUUGUACGCAACCUCUUUCUGAACCAUCCCAGCCUCUCUGCGAUCCCUGACUCCUGACUCGCGCUGUGCUCGAGGCAACAAUGCUGCCCCAGGAGGGACUCAGGAAUCCUCGUGCUGCCCCCUAGCGGGGGGCACGGAGAGGCGGAACCAGGACCAGACUCUAAGGGCUGCGCCCCGUUCUACUGUGUGAUGUGUAAAAGACGCCAGCUUAGACCUGCACAACUUGUGGCUUAUGGGUUAGUCCUCAGUGACCUCCUCUUCCCAUUCUGGGGUUCUUCCGCACCACAUGCAGCUGCCUUCUUCCUUGCAGUAGAGGUGAAACUAGGGAGGAGUCCCAAAAUAGCCCAGGAAGGGGGCUUUCAGGGGAAUCAUGAUUGAUUCUGCCCCAACAAAUGCGACUCUGUGGACCACCAAUGAAACAGUACAAGUUGGAUCUUCUAGGUUUCUUUGGGAAUCCCAGCCAUGAGUCCCCUUCACCCUAUACCGACCUAGCUCUUGAACUGGAGGGUGGAGAAUAGAGAAGUUUCCGGAUUUACUGGCAGUCUAACCCCUCACUCAAUUCUUUCUGACUAGAUCCGUGGGAUUAGGUCAAUUGACAGAAUAGUCAUUGAGUUUUGGAGCCAACCAUCUGAGCGCUGGUCUCCUGUCUUUUAGCUCAAUAUUUUUUGCACUAAAGCCUUGCUGGUUCUCAAAUGUGGUGGAAGUAGGGGAUAAUAAAAAGAAAGAUGGUGGAAAUGGGAAAAUUGGAGGUGAAGGGGGUGAUAGUAUUUUCCCAGUGGAAUGUUUCACUUAGUAAAGUAUAGCCAGAUAAAUUAGGCUGUGUAACCCCUCCGUCCAACACACUGAACCAUAGGAAAGCAAAUUAAAAUGAAGUCCAGACGUCUUCAAAGGGAAAAGGAAGUUACCAAACAAACAAAACAGGCUGAGUUUGAAGUUUGAAAUGAGGACUCAAAUUGCCUGCAUCUUUGAUCUGGUACCCAGUGAGAGGAAUCAUAGGAUAGAGCUAAAAGGGACCUGGAAAGGCAUCUAGCCCAAUCGCCCUAUUUUACAUAGGAAGAAACUAAGGCAGAGGGAGGUGAAGUGAUUGGAUUGACCUUUAGCCUCUACCCCUACCUGCUGUCUCCCAAAGUCAUUGCUCAGACUCCAACAGCAAGGAUUAGACAUUAGAAUGUAGACUGUUGGAAAGGAUCUUUACCCAGUUCACCUAGUCUAGUGGUUGCCAAUC